UCGAGUUGCGGACGCUGCGUCAGGUCAUCGAACAGACUCGACGGAACUUGUCUCCCUCCUCAGCGCUCCCUUCAGCUUCACCUCGGGGUAUAGGUGGAGACGACGAUUGCGAAAGCCUCAGGCCAGUAACUCCAGCAGAGCGACCGAUCAGAUAUGCUGACUCUUCGCACUUCCACCCUCACACUUUAUAGGGUCAACGUUCCCAAGACUCGAAGGACCUACUGCAAGGGCAAGACCUGCAAGAAGCACACCCCACACAAGGUCACCCAGUACAAGACUGGUAAGGCUUCCCUCUUUGCCCAGGGUAAGCGUCGUUACGACCGAAAGCAGAAGGGUUACGGUGGACAGACGAAGCCCGUUUUCCACAAGAAGGCCAAGACUACCAAGAAGGUUGUGCUGCGUCUGGAGUGCACUUCGUGCAAGUACCGUUCGCACAUGGCUCUGAAGCGAUGCAAGCACUUUGAGCUGGGUGGUGACAAGAAGCAGAAGGGUGCUGCUCUGCAGUUCUAAGGGUUGCCAUGUGCAAUUCUUUCAGCUCGUAGACUCCCCCCUCCCCCUUUUCCCAGCAUCUUUCUGCGCCUGUGUACUUUUUUAGCCACGCCUCUCUUCGAUGUCUUCUCAAGCUAGAUCUGCUUUGAGUACAAUCGACAGCUUCCACCAUCAUUAGGAUUGCGUAUGCGUGAAGCUAGCGUGGGACAUGCGUCGGUACUGAAUAGGAGUGGUCAUCCAUUCCGUCUGCCCUUGCCCUCAUCCGGGCCCGAGGUAAUCCAUGUCCACCUCUGAGUCCAGACCAGAUCUACCACUUGCCUGCCUUGGCCUUUCUACCAGUGGC